AUGAGAGAGUACAAAGUAGUGGUUCUCGGCUCCGGUGGAGUGGGUAAAUCCGCAUUGACUGUCCAGUUCGUGACUGGGUCUUUUAUAGAGAAGUACGACCCGACGAUAGAGGAUUUCUACAGGAAGGAGAUCGAAGUGGACUCUUCUCCCUCCGUCCUGGAGAUCCUGGACACCGCGGGGACCGAGCAGUUCGCCUCCAUGCGAGACCUCUACAUCAAAAACGGGCAGGGCUUCAUCCUGGUCUACAGCCUGGUCAACCAGCAGAGUUUCCAGGAUAUCAAACCCAUGAGGGAUCAGAUCAUUCGGGUGAAAAGGUACGAGAGGGUGCCGAUGAUUCUGGUCGGAAACAAAGUGGACCUGGAGGGGGAAAGGGAGGUCUCGUCCGGCGAGGGGAAGGCUCUGGCGGACGAGUGGAACUGCCCGUUCAUGGAAACUUCAGCCAAAAAUAAAAGCUCUGUAGACGAACUGUUUGCAGAGAUAGUCCGACAGAUGAACUAUGCCUCGACACCAAACGGCGACGACCAGUGCUGCUCGUCUUUUUGCAAUGUGUGUUGCAGCAAGUCUGUACUGUUGAGCUCUUCUUCAUGUCUCACCCUGGCCUUGGAGGAAAAUGAAGGGAGGAAUGCUGCAGGGGAACGGGAGGAGGAGGGGAGCAACCGAGACAGAGGGAGGGGUCCACUCAUCAGGAAUUCUGUUGGGUUGGCGUAUCUUUGCUGCACGAUCAGUGUCCACUAUGGAUGUCAACACCGAGACAGACCCCCCCCCCCCUUUGCCAGUUCCAACUGUACUCCCGAAUGGAAGUAAACUCCAGUGGAAAAGAUACGGAGAGUAAAACUUAGAGAAACUCUUAAAUGGAUAUUUGUGUAUAAGAAGACAGGGAGAUAGAAUAUAUUUUGUUAAGUAACUGCACAGUUGCGGGGUCAAAUUUUGGGCGCCCUAACCCAGUUAGGAGCAACGCUCUGAGGCACUGAGUCCUCUUUCUUUUUUCCAAAGCCAGAAGAAAACCACAUAUCUGGUGGAGUAAACUUGACAAAAGCCACUUUUUUUCCUUUUUUUUUUAUUUUCUCGACGUUUUCCUCGAUGUGUGACAGGACCCUAGCUGACGUGAUAUGGGGACGCUGACAUCAUCGCCCUUGUGUCGAGUGCCUUUCCAAAACAAAUCAGCUGUUCAGAUAAUGUGCCAACCUACAUGUAUCACCAAAAGAACCCUUCAACGUGGCAAUCUACAAGCUAGUGAACUCUUCUACUGGAUAAUCUUGUAAUGGUGGAGACAGACAGCAUAAAAAACAAAGUACUACUUUUUUUUUUUUUUCCUAGUGGAAUGGUGUUUUUUUUAAAUGUUUUACAUUGGCCUUUUGAACUGUUUGCAUACUGCAAUGUCUGCUUGGUCUGGCCAGAUCUAUAUCUUGAAAUGCACAGGUACAGGAACAGUUCACAUCACUUUACCUUCCAGGCCACCUGAAUCAAAGGAAUUCUGUUUGUUCUGUUAAUUUUUUGGUUUUUAACAGGAUAUGUGAAUAUUUACUGUUGACAAAUCUAACCUGAUUGUAAGUUUAAUUUCAGACCAGCCGUUUACCAGUGGGCUGUCUGUUUUAAAAACAAAAAGACUUUUAAUACAAAUGGCAUUUUUAAAAAAAGAGAGACCUGGUUGUGUUUUAUUUUUCCAUAUUUGA